CCAUGAGUAUAGGGUUCCAUUCAUGUCUCAUAUUACAUCCAUGUUUUAUUUUUAUGUAAAAGCAAGUCUUCACGUAGUAGAAUUAUUUAAAAGUAAGAAGUAAUUAUUUUUUAUUUCGUAAAUAUAAGUGUAAAUAUGCCGUAUUGUGUGGUUUACGGUUGCAAUAGCAAUUCUCAAUGUGACAAAAAUAUAUAUUGGUUUACUUUUCCGAAAGAUUCUCAGAGAAAUCGUGCUUGGGUUCACUAUUGUAAACGACAGGAUUUUACACCGUCUAAGCACAGCAGAAUUUGUUCUAAACAUUUUACCCUAAAUCAGUAUAGCAGGCACCCUGAAAGACUUUCAGAAUUGGGAUAUCCGGGUGCAAAGGCAGCUCUAAAAGAUGACGCCAUGCCCGACAUUCCUGUAGUUGUAGAUGCAGAAAAAGGACCAUCUUCUCCUAAAAAGCCUAGGUCGGCCUUCGAAAAAAGACAGAAACGUCAGGUUCUUCAAGAGGCCUUUAAUGAAUCAUUAGAUAAGUCCGUUGACUCCAUUGACACUGAAACUGAAUCGCCACCCGCACCUGACAGUAUGGAGAUUCAGGAAGAGGUAGAAAUUCCGGUAGAUAUACCAAAAACAUUUGUGUCAAAAUCUUUUAACACCGAUUACACAAACAUGAAAAUACAGAAAAAUCAAACAGAUCCCAUUCCGCAGAGAACUAGAAGAAACCAAACAUUAAAACCCAAGAGAAAGUCUAAAGGCAUUCAGUGUAACCCUUCAGAUAUUGAUUCAGCAAGUAAAGUCGCCACAUCGAAGACAAGAACGAUAAUCGGAAAAAUUACAAGCAGUAGCCUUGCACCGGCAGCGACCGAACAAAACAAGGAUGACAAUGAUGAGAUUGAUGAUGAUGAAGAUGAUGUAGAUGCAUAUGAUAAUGAUCCGGAUUAUAUUUAUAACGAGUCCGAGGAAGAAGAUGGAGACGAUGAGUAUGGAUCUGACGAUGAGGAAGAAACAAGCAAUUACAGAAUGGAAGAAUGUAAUGAUCCAGUUGAAGAAAAGUAUUACAUGGUCUCUGAAACAGCACUAUUUCAGUUACUAUCAGUAUGUAGAGAGUGUAACAAUCGAUGCAUUCCAAUUAUUGAAUUCAGUAGAGGGACAAUGAUAUCUACAUCUUCUGUAUGUGCUUUUGGACACGUCUACAAGUGGAAAUCCCAAAACUGUCAUGAAAGACUACCAUGGGGAAAUCUUUUGCUUGCAAGUGCCAUAAUGUUUAGCGGGAAUAAUACAGCCAAGAUUGUAAGACUGUUUGAUCAAAUGAAACUGAAAGGCAUUAUUAGUGAACGCUCGGUUAGAAGACUGCAAACAGCAUACACAUCAUGUGCAGUUAUCUAUGAAUUCGACUCCCAGCAAGCAGAUCUAAUAGCUUCCUUGCAAGGUCCAGAUAAACAAGUAGUACUUGGUGGCGACGGAAGGUGCGACAGUCCUGGUUAUAGUGCUAAAUAUGGCAGUUACACUCUGAUGGACUUGAACACAAAUAAAAUAUUGGACAUUCAGCUUGUUCAGUCCAAUGAAGUUAAGGGGUCAACCCAUAUGGAAUUGGAAGGACUUAAGAGGGGUUUAUCCCUUCUUAUAGACACUAACCAUAUUGAAGUCUCAACACUUGUCACAGAUAGACAUGUUAUGAUUAAGAAGUUCAUGAAGGACAACCAUCCAGAAAUAAAUCAUUAUUUCGAUGUAUGGCAUAUAGCAAAAGGAAUAUCAAAAAAGUUGGAAACCAGAGCCAAAAAAAAAAGACACAGGAGACAUAAGACCAUGGAUAAAGAGCAUUGUUAACCAUACAUAUUGGGUGGCUGCAUCAAGUGGGGAAGAUCAGAACGAAAAAAUACACAAAUGGACAUCAAUUUCAAACCACAUCAUGAAUAAACAUGUCCAUGAGUCUGAUGUAUUUCCGCAAUGUAUUCAUGG